AAAAUGGCGGCAAUACCAAGACUUCUCCUCAAUAGGUUAAAUGUAGGCACUUUGGCAGUUUGCUUAACUCGUGCACGAGUUUCAACUCGAUUUUUGUCAAAUGAUCAACAUAGACCCACAGAAACAAACACAUCAACUGAGGAAGACACGAUGUCUUCUGUGUCAACAGCAAGUAAUUCUUUUGAGAGGUGAGGUGAUUCGUAUGAACUCAAAUGCACUGUGUGGUGUACUGGUGGAUCCUCUAAGUUGCUGAUCAGAGUAAAUUUGGGAAAGGGCUUUAAGAAUAAAAAAGUGAGGAAAAAACACGAUUUUCGAAAUAUUAUCACGACGAUGUCAAACUGUCGUAUGAUUUCGCUAACAUCUUAACAAAGAUACGCAUUUCUGUACUUUGCACAGCUAACCCAAGCUGCAGUAUUGUGCUAAUUUACUUGAUAUUAUAUGGAGAUGUUUGAACGUUCGAAUUACCUCCUUACCUUAGUUUUCAAGAAAAUAUUUGAAAUACUCACGGUGUCUUCUUGUCGUUCUUUGUAACCCCCUGAACGAAUAUAAGCGAAUUGUGGUGAGUCAUGACUAUCUUUCCACACCAUCAGGGAAAACUUAAAAUUUCUCAUGAGAAUUAUGAGAAAUUCGAGCGUUCAAAUGUCGCUAUAUCAUCUCGAGUAAAUUGGCAUUAUUCAGUAGCUUUGAUUACCUCUGACGUAGGAUCCUUUGAUAGGUUAUACUUUAAAUCAUUGCAAUAAAUGGAUUGUAAUGAAUUUUCAAAGCUGUUGACUUAUUCACGUUUAACUAGCGGAAGUUAUGCAUAUUGAACUCUGGCUUUUGUUUCAGUCCACAAUAGUUUGGGAAAGAAAGAAAAAUAAGAACUUUUGGAUUAAUUUUUCUGGAAUUAUUUUCGAGAAAGGAUGGUGGUAGUGUUAAAAAUGGACAUUUAUGACUAUCUACAUUGUAUAUACCAUGUAUUUUAGUAGGACAGUGGUUACAUUUUCCCCCAGAAACUUAUACUCAAUAUUCUCUCACACCUAAUGCCUUAAUGAUAAAAUUCUUUAUCUUCAUUGCACAGUUUGUUUUGUGUUGGGGAUUUUGAUUGUGAGGAGUUGUACAAAUGCUUGGGCUGAGGAUCAUGUAAGUCUGAGAACUUUAAAAAAAGAGAGAGGGUCAUAGAUUGGAGAUGAUUGUGACACUUUCUCAUAAAGCCAUUUCUCAAGAUUCAUUCCUCUCUCAGAGAGGGAGACAGUUGCUGUGUGUAAAAGGCACUGAGUGAAAAAAUUAUUCAAAGCUUGUUCAAUUUGUGUUAGGUUAUCAGAUGCUUUCUCUGGUGCAGCAACAACACCUUUUAGCCAAGAAAUCAUUCAAGUUCUGAUGUCACCUAUCAAUGAAACUGAUGUUGAGAUCAAACCAGAUGGUAUAGACAAAAACAUUUCCUGUGAAUAUUUUUAAUGGUAACAGGAGGCAGUGAUGUCCAAUUCAAUCUAUAAUAUUACAAAUGAUGAACACAAUCAAAUUUUCGUGAAGCAGGAGCUGGUUUUAUGAAAAAAGUAAACAGUGCCAAGUUUUUUUACCAAGUACUCAAAACUAUGAAAAAUGACUUUUAAACACAUUCAUAAAUAAAAAACAGUAUGAUUUACAUUUUUCCACAAGAAAAGGAACCCAGUAGUCUAUUUAAUAGUGCAUGCAAAUGGCGUAUAUCAUCUAACAACAAAAACAUGAGGCAUUAAGAGUUCAAGUCAUUGUUCACUGAUAAGCUAAUGUGUACACUGCCAAUUACUUGUGAGAAUUUUGUUAUGGUUUUGAUGAAUAGUUGUAUAUAAACCAGUGGCUAGUGUGUGCUCACCUUUGUUAUGGUAUUUGUUCCCAACAUCUAACAAAGAAAAGUAAGAUAAAUAUGUACCACUUAAGCUCAUCUGGUGGUUCAGGCAAUCUUCAAAUUUAGUACCUGUAAAGGGUAAAAAAGCUGACGUUUCGAGCGUUAGCCCUUCGUCAGAGCAAUUGAUUGAAUCGCUCUGACGAAGGGCUAACGCUCGAAAUGUCAGCUUUUUUACCCUUUACGGUGACUAAUUUACGUUUUCAACCCAGUUGUUAACACUAAAUUACCUGCUAUACUCUCCCACCGAUGCAGCACCACAGUUUCUUUAGAAACUUACCCCUUUAUUCAAAUUUAGUACCACUGGUUGGUUGUUAUGUGUAAUAUCAAUUCUUCCCUUUUUGAAUUCAGUAAUUUUUGGUUAUGUACCAGCUGCAUUUAAGUAUAUUAAUUUUUUAUUAAAGAUUUAAAGUUACUGACAGAACCUUUCCUAUGAUUGUAAUUUAAAAAGUUGUUAGUUUCUAGCCUUUUUGAAAAUUUCAUGGAGGCUCAUUUGACUAUAUUGAAUUGCUGAGUUUGUGUUUUCUGAGUAUAGAAAGUAUUUGCAUGGUGAUAUAGCAUGAGACAUUUCACUAUUUUUGAUUCAAAUAUACUGUUUCCUUUUCACUAUUUUAUAUAUGUUGUUGAAAAUUACUAGUACCAACUCCAACCUUAGCAAAAAGGUGUCUGAUUGAUGUGAAUAUUUCAUUUAAUUUUAAGUUUCUAAUGCUAUCUUUGUGCAGGAUUGAUUUAUCUUCCUGAGAUAAAAUAUAGAAGAAUACUUAAUCAAGCAUUUGGUCCAGGUGGAUGGGCACUGGUGCCACGAGGCGAGUCUCUUCAAUUUCAGGUAGAUACCUUCAAAUGAAAUAGAAUGUUAUUUUCAAGUUGUUGUUUUUACUUUGAAAGCGACUGGACUCAGAGACUCCUUGUAUGAACAUGUGAUGGCCUUAUUUUAUUUGUCUUUAACAAGAAAAUCAGGUGUAAAAGUAGUCUGACCUGGCUAUUCUCAAUGAGAUAUCACAACAUACGUAGCCUUCAAGCACCCUAAUUUUAAUUUUAUAAAUCACAUUAUAUUUACAGACAGAGUUAGUAUCCUGUUGAAACUUAACUGAGAGGAAUUUUUUCUCAUUUAUUCCAAUUAAUUCAUUUCUUCACUCAUUUGUUCAUUCUUCAUUUUGGUGCCAUUUAAGUUUAUGAGAUACUUGACUUUGUGAUAUGCCAUAAUAUUAUAGGAAUACAGCAUUAAUGUGGAUGAAUGAUCUAUUUUGUUAAAACUUCUUCUUAUAAGAUAACACUAUUUUAUAUUUUAGAAUGAUAAAGACAACAGCCAGCUAAUUGUGCGGGAGUAUGCAUUAUUUUGUUUGGGAAGAUUUGUUGCACAGACUGUUGGUGAACACACUUUUUAUUCCUCUAAUAACAUGGUGUAUGGAAAAGCUAUGGAAGCUGCCAAGUCUAAUGCAUUGAUGAGAUGUUGUAAAGACCUUGGAGUUGCCAGUGAGCUCUGGGAUCCACAGGUAGAAUUUGCUAAUUAUUUAAUAUUUAUUUGGUAAUGAUCUAUUUUAAGGUAAUUAUCUUGCUAUUGUUAACAAGAAUCCUUUGUAAGAUUAAUUAAGAUAGAUCCUCUGGAAUCCCAGCAGUUUUGACCUUCUUAAUGAGAGAAAAUUUUGUCCUUUAUAUCAUAAACAAGUUAUCACAUGUUUCCUGUGUCAUUUCUGUUUUUCAGACAGGUAAAGACACUUCCCUUGUCACUGGGCAAGUCAGGCAAUUUCUCCAACAUUUGAAACAUGCAUGAUAUUAAUAAAUCCUAAAGUUUACUUGGCCCUACAUUAUUACCUUUUCUAACUUGACCAUUCAAGAUACAAGUAAACAUAAAAAUGCCAAUUAGCACAAUAGAAUGCAAUUAAGGAAAUUUCUUAUUAGACUGUGGUUUGUGAUAAGAUUGAGAUGAGGAUCCUCUUUAGGAUUUGUAACUGGUGUGUUCCACAUCCUAAAUUAUUAUUUCACACUCAAUUUCAUCAGAAAUUAUUUAAUAUUGGGUUAUUUGACACUUCUGGAAAGACUGCCAAUGCAAAAUUGGUCUUACUCUACCUGGUGAUAUCAUGCCAGCAAGGUCUUAUGGGACAUGUUAUCCAUAGCUGAUAGAGGUCUUGCACUUUAGACCAUAAAUGAAACCUAUGAGAACAUGAGGAAAUAAUCUAGGAAAUUAUAUAGGAAAUGUGCUUUACAAAGGGAUUGAAGUACUUCAUUAUGAUGAAUAUUGACCAGGAAUAUUGCUGCUCAGAAGGCAGGGUUAUUUCUCUUAUAUGAUACAUGAAAAAAUGUGGUGGAAAAAGAGAAAAAUAUCUUUUACUAUUGCUUUGAUUGCUUGCCAUAUUCAUGUCACACUUCCUUUGUUAUUUUACUCUCAAUCUAAAGCAGACAUGUUUUGAUGAUUCAGAGUAUGUGUUUUAUUUCAUUCAAUCUCUUAUAGUUCAUCAUUGAUUGGAAGGACAAAUACGCUCUGAACACAUGGUGUGAAAAUGUGCGAACAAGAGAUAAAAAGAGGUUGUGGAGAAGAAAAGACAGAAAGUCAACACAUGCUUUUCAAUAUCCAUGGAAGGAAGUUGCUCAGCAAGAGAAAUGAUUUCAGUAAAGUAAACAGAUAUUUCCAACAAAUCACUGUUGGCCAAUUUCACAGGACAGUCAAUGGUGUUUACACAACACCAACACUUACACAAACAGUUAAUAACUCUGACAGUUUUAUCCCAGGCUAAGAAAGGAUUUCACAUUGUCAAACAAUGUUAUUGGACCAGUAACAUUUUUUACCUACUGUAAAUAAUGGUAAUAGGACUGAGAGGAGUCUAAUUUGGUGUACUAUCAUAUGAGUGCUUGACAAAAUUGGACAACUGUUAAUCAUGAGUUGGAUGACAGAAUUGGACCACACAAAGUCCUGUUACCAGUUAAUCAAAACUAUGACAAAAUCUGAGAAAGAAUGUAGAUAUUGGUUAUACAUUUUCAUAGAAAACAACUGACAGUUAACUUGGCAAAAUGUGUAACUACAGUCCACACACGUGACACAUACUGUCUAUUUACACAGGUGUGAUGUGUCAACUGUCCUAUUACUCUGUCCAAUUACAAGCAAGACACAUACACUGUCCUAUUAGUGCUCAAAUCAGGCUGGUCAUAAUCAAUGGUAUUCAAGAAUUUUGUUAUAGUUUUGAUUAAAGUGCAGAACAGCUACCCACAAGUCAUGGUGGUCAACUGUUCAACAAUAAACUACCAGCAGGUCAGCAAAAUUGCCUUCUAACUACAUUUGAGUAGUUUUUCUCAACUUUUUUCUGUCUUCAGAUGGCAAAGUAAGGCAUGUUAUUGAAUAGUUAAAAAUUCAUAGACAGAAUUCAGAGCCCAGAUAUUUCAUGUCAAACGAGUUGAUAACUUUAAUACAUAAUGUCCAUAGAGAUGUACAUGACGUAUUACUGAAAGUACAAAGAUGCAACAGCACCCAGUAGUUGUCAAGUGUGUAGUAUAAGAUGUUCAGUCAGGGAAGACAUGACCUCUUUUGAUGUUCUUAUAGCCAGUUAUUAAUCUUAUAAGGCAGGAAUCUGAAUGUACACAUUCCAUUUGCAUUAAAAAUCAUAACAGCUGGUCCUGGAAAAGUGUUGUUUAAUAAGUGUUACAAUAACAAAAAAAAUCGUUUUGCAUUCUAAAAUGACUCAUCAGCUUUUGGUUUUCAUAUUCAUGACAUUUUCUUUCAACAGAGUUUUUUAUUUAUUGUGAAAGAGGACUUUUUUGUAUGAUCUUUCCUAAUAUGGACAGCAAAGCAGCAUAAAAAACGUUUUGAAACUUUUAUAGUUCAGUAACCUUGAAGCACUGGAAAUGCACACAAAGUUUCAGGCCUGGAGCAUUUCAGCUUUGAGCUUCUAUAUCAAGUUUUUCUAACUACUAAUUUUUUCAUGUAUCUGACAGGUAUUUCGAUAAUGAACAAACAGAGGAAGGAAUCUAGGAAAUUAGAAAAAGAAUGGACAGGACAAAAAUGGAUUUCA